CCUGAAGGCUGAACUGCAGAGUUGCACGUCGUGCAGAGCAUGCCCCUGAGAGGCAGCUGCAUAACUGAGCCAUUGCCUUCGAGCUGAGCGCCGUGGCUGCCCCUGACCUCUGCCUUGCUUGCUACACUGCGUGCGGCUGUCAUCGCUUCUGCCGUGCUAAACUACUCUACCCGGCAAUAUGGGCGCGCCGCGCCUCGUGUUGGUAGCCGCGGGCUCGGCCGACGCACUGCACUUCGACAACGCGGCGACGCUGCGUUCGGGAGGCACCGCACCACUGACGGCGAACGGCAAGAACGUCAGUCCCUUCUGGUCGCAGCCGCGGAAUGCCUGGGGCCACUGGGAUUACAUUGACCUCGGCGUGACCGACCGCGCGCAGCCGCUCCACGUCAAUCUCGAAGGGCCUUACGUCGUUUGGUACGGGCCGCACGGCGAAAUGGUCUUCGAUGUUGCGAUGUGGAAGCUCCACGAAGGCACGCACCUCGUCGCCGUCAAGGCGUGCGCCGGCAAUCCGGGAGGACCGACGCGCAUGUCCAAGGACGCGUGCGGACGAGAUUUUGUCCUACACGCAGACGGCACGAUCGGACCGCGCACCGCUCAGCAUUUGCGGCUCGGUGCGGCUGGUGGUGCAGGCGGGGGUGCGGGCCUGAGGACCGUGGCGGGUGUCGCUUACAGUCUUUCUGGUCUCGCUACCGGUGCGCCCACCGCAGCCCAUCUUGCGUACCAUGCGGCCCCUGUUGUGGCAGCGGAAGUUGCGACCGCCGCCGCGGGAGGGAACGCUGCGGCCGUCGCCGCGGUCUCGGCCGGCUGCAGCAUUCAGUGAUAUAUUGCGCAAUCGAAUCGCGCUCCGAGCCGGGACGUUCGGCCUUUCCUUCCCUAACUAUUCCAUGAUCAUUCAGUAAAUACACUAGGCCUUAGGAUCAUCACGAU